AUGUCUCUUUUCACUGCCCAAGUCCGUCCGGGACAGGCUUUGGGCUUCUUAGUACUGGGAGCUACCCUCCACGACAUCCUCACACGACUGAAAGCCGAACCUCAGCGUUUCCCCAAGCUAGAUCUCACAUAUGAACACACCGCGCCUGUGGAAGAUCCCGUCGUUCUUGAUCUUGCUGCCAACGGUAUCCGUUUGCGAUUCGAUGGGCCCGAACAGCGUUUGCGACUUAUCGAAGUGUUGGACUUCACCAAGAGCCACCUUACAUACAACGACAGAGAUGUCUUACGGCCUGCAGCGAGUACCCCGGCGGCGCUAUUGCAGAGUGGUCCUACGUAUCGGCAUAUCUAUCAGAACUUAUUGGGACCAACGUUCCCGGGCGAAUACGUGGAACCGGAAGCUGGCGAUGAGACCGAGAUGGGACUCUAUGUGCUGUCAUAUCCGGGCCUGGCAUUCUCCUUUCCGAUGCACUCCUCGUCUUGGUCGCCUGGUAAAGAUGUGGUAUCACUUCUUUCCUCAUCUGCCAGCCAUCCUGCGACAUCCAUGGCAAUCUUCGCUGGGGAUUCAUGGCCAGAUGCGCGAGAGCGUUUGUUCACAAUGACGAUGGACCCGCUGGACACAUUUGCUACAAUUAUAAAGGGAAAGGAAUCAGUUCCAGCUGAAGUACGGCUUGUGAAGAUACAUGGAGAAGGACGUCUAGAGCUCCUGCGAUCCAGAGGGCAUGUUCCACUCUGGAUCCGGCUGGGUCAUACCUCACCACAGGAGCUCGUGACAGAACUAGGGCCCCCCGAUGCCAUCUAUCGGAAGAAUGACCAACGGAUGUCCAUCCACAAACCCCGGCAAAACACAGGAACCUACAAUCGCCCAGAUCCGAAUGAUUUGAGGCUUCAAGAUGAUUCGACGGAUACAGAUCAGUCAUCAGCGCAUACGGCGACUGAUGACUCAGACGACGAGAACGAAGAAGGAGAGGUCGCAGGAAAUGUAUCUGGAGAGUGCUUUUACAACUACUUUUACCAUGGCUUUGAUGUUCUACUCUCGACUCCCACUUCACCAUCCCAGCGUCCGCCUUCGAAACAGGGAGCUUCUCAUGAGCACGAAUCUGAUAAUAUAGUCCCUACCGAUGCCUCUUCUCGUCUCGUUGCUUCGAAAUUAGUUCUCCAUGGUAAUGUUCCUGGUUCAUACCCCUUCAACCGGCAUAGACGAUGUCGUUGGGAAAUUCAGUAUUUGGAACCUGGCAAAGAGAAAAACAUUGCAAAUUCAGAGACUCCGUUCAAGGAUAUCGAAAGCAGAUUACACGAGGAAUGGAAAAGCAUAUACAAGAACGCCGAGGAAGCUAAGGCUCGUCAGCGCGGCAUGGUGUUGAAUCGAGACUGGGGAGAUAGUCCUGGUAGCAGUGUUGAAUUAUUGGGUGGAUGGGAAGAGAGUGUUGGGGGGAGGAGAAGCGAUAUUGCUGGUCCUGGGGCUGAAGAUGUCAGGGGCUUAGGCAACACUACACUUUUUGGGUUCCCUGGUUUGGUCUUUGAAGUACUGAAGAAUGGUACAGUUAGUGGAAUCACCGUAUUUUGA